AUGAACCCUCUUUCUAUGAAGAAAGAAAAAGAAAGAAUUGUAGAAUCCUCCUUGAUAGAAGGAUCUUUCCAAAUCCCUUUUUUUCCUUUCUUUCUUUCUUUUUUCCUUUCUUUCUUUUUUCCUUUCUUUCUUUUUUCCUUUCUUUCUUUUUUCCUUUCUUUCUUUUUUCCUUUCUUUCUUUUUUCCUUUCUUUCUUUUUUCCUUUCUUUCUUUUUUCCUUUCUUUCUUUUUUUUUUCCUUUCUUUUUUUUUCUUUUUUCCUUUCUUUUUCUUUUUUCCUUUCUUUUUCUUUUUCCUUUCUUUUUCUUUUUCCUUUUCCUUUCUUUUUCCUUUUUUCUUUUUCCUUUCUUUUUCUUUUUCCUUUCUUUCUUUUUUUCCUUUCUUUCUUUUUUCCUUUCUUUCUUUUUUCCUUUCUUUCUUUUUUCCUUUCUUUCUUUUUUCCUUUCUUUCUUUUUUCCUUUCUUUCUUUCUAUUCUGGAAAUCUGGAUACUGGGCCAGUCACUUAGGAGGCCGUAAAUAUCACAUCAGUGCUCUCUAUGUUGUCGACUUGAAAAAGUUCCGGCGUAUUGCAGCUGGAGAUCGUCUGCGUGGACAGUACCAAGGCCUGAGCCAGGACCCCAAUAGUUUGGCCAAUUUGGAUCAGGACUUGCCAAACAAUAUGAUCCACCAGGUGGCCAUCAAGUCCUUACCCCAGGAAUGGCUGUGGUGCGAGACUUGGUGCAGUACAGAAGAAUUGGCUAGAGCAAAGACGAUUGAUCUUGUGAGUUCAUUCUUUGAUUCAUACCACCUAGAAUUAGUUUGCUUUCUAAUUUUCUGA